CAUGAACUCUACACGUAAGAGUAUCUUCUUUAUUUACUCAUUUAAUUUACUGAUUCGACUUAGCAGUCAGUAUUUCUCACCUUUCUAAAACGGCUUUCCAUACACUGCCCUCUGCACUUGUAAUUGGGAUAAAGCCCUAGAAUUGAAAGUAUUUAAAACGAGGCAGACAAGUACAUAUGGGAUGAAGCCAGAUUUGCUUUGAAUACCACUUCCAUGAUCAGUUUAGUUUUGUUUCAAGCAUGAGCCUUACAUACAGCCCUUUUGACCUGAGUACUCCAUCCUUAAAUGGCAAACUAAACAUUCAUGAAAAUUUAAUGGCAAGGAAAUUAGUACCUUCUUAUGUUUCAGACUGUGAAAUGGAUGGCACCAGGGAGCACUUUCAGCAACAGGCAGAAGUGUGUGAAUGUGCUGGACCAGACCUGAAACUUUUGUCCCUCCAACUUGUCUUUCCUUUUCAAGUUAACUGGCAGCUGAGACGUUCUGAAAGGAUAUCACCAGGAUGCCACCCAAGAAAGUGCAAAUCCAAGUGGAGGAGAAAGAAGAUGAUACUGAGGAAAGUUCAAGCGAAGAGGAAGAGGAGGAGAACAAACUACCUCGAAGAGAGAGCAUGAGACCAAAGAGGAAACGGACCAGAGAUGUUAUCAAUGAAGACGAUCCAGAACCUGAACCAGAGGAUGAAGAAACAAGGAAGGCCAGAGAGAAAGAGAGAAGGAGGAGGUUAAAGAGAGGAGCGGAAGAAGAAGAAGAAAUAGAUGAAGAGGAAUUGGAAAGAUUGAAGGCAGAGUUAGAUGAGAAAAGACAAAUGAUCGCUACUGUCAAAUGCAAGCCUUGGAAAAUGGAGAAGAAAAUUGAAGUUCUCAAGGAAGCAAAAAAAUUUGUGAGUGAAAAUGAAGGGGCUCUUGGGAAAGGAAAAGGGAAACAGUGGUUUGCAUUUAAGAUGAUGAUGUCCAAGAAAUGGGCAAAAUUUCUCCGAGAUUUUGAGAACUUCAAAGCUGCUUGUGUCCCGUGGGAAAAUAAAAUCAAGGCAAUUGAAAGUCAGUUUGGCUCAUCAGUGGCUUCAUACUUCCUCUUUUUGAGAUGGAUGUAUGGAGUAAACAUGGUUCUCUUUAUUCUGACAUUCAGCCUUAUCAUGUUGCCAGAGUACCUCUGGGGUUUGCCAUACGGCAGUUUACCUAGGAAAACGGUUCCCAGGGCUGAGGAGGCAUCAGCAGCCAACUUUGGUGUCCUGUAUGACUUCAAUGGCUUGGCUCAAUAUUCUGUCCUCUUUUAUGGCUAUUACGACAAUAAACGAACAAUUGGAUGGAUGAAUUUCAGACUGCCACUCUCCUAUUUUCUCGUGGGGAUCAUGUGCAUUGGAUACAGUUUUCUGGUUGUCCUUAAAGCGAUGACCAAAAAUAUUGGUGAUGACGGAGGUGGUGAUGAUAACGCUUUCAACUUUAGCUGGAAGGUGUUCACUAGCUGGGACUACCUUAUUGGCAACCCUGAAACAGCAGACAACAAAUUCAAUUCUAUCACAAUGAACUUUAAGGAAGCUAUAAUAGAAGAAAGAGCAGCCCAAGUAGAAGAAAACAUCCACUUGAUCAGAUUCCUGAGGUUUCUUGCUAACUUCUUCGUGUUUCUAACACUUGGCGGGAGUGGAUACCUCAUCUUUUGGGCUGUGAAGCGAUCCCAGGAAUUUGCGCAGCAAGAUCCUGACACCCUUGGGUGGUGGGAAAAAAAUGAAAUGAACAUGGUCAUGUCCCUCCUGGGGAUGUUCUGUCCAACACUAUUUGACUUAUUUGCUGAAUUGGAAGACUACCAUCCGCUCAUCGCUCUGAAAUGGCUACUGGGACGCAUUUUUGCUCUUCUUUUAGGCAACCUGUAUGUAUUUAUUCUUGCCCUGAUGGAUGAGAUUAACAACAAGAUUGAAGAGGAGAAGCUAGUAAAGGCCAAUAUUACCCUAUGGGAAGCCAACAUGAUCAAGGCCUACAAUGCUUCCCUUGCUGGAAAUACCACUGGGCCACCCUUUUUUGUGCACCCUGCAGAUGUACCUCGAGGACCCUGCUGGGAAACAAUGGUGGGGCAGGAAUUUGUGCGACUGACUGUUUCUGAUGUUCUGACCACCUAUGUCACAAUUCUCAUUGGGGACUUUCUCCGAGCAUGUUUUGUGAGGUUUUGCAACUACUGUUGGUGCUGGGAUUUGGAAUACGGAUAUCCUUCAUACACUGAGUUUGACAUCAGCGGCAAUGUCCUCGCUCUGAUCUUCAAUCAAGGAAUGAUCUGGAUGGGCUCCUUCUUCGCUCCCAGCCUCCCAGGCAUCAAUAUCCUUCGGCUCCAUACAUCCAUGUACUUCCAGUGCUGGGCUGUGAUGUGUUGCAAUGUUCCUGAGGCCAGGGUCUUCAAAGCUUCCAGAUCGAAUAACUUCUACCUGGGAAUGCUCUUGCUCAUCCUCUUCCUGUCCACCAUGCCCGUUCUGUACAUGAUCGUGUCCCUCCCACCGUCUUUUGAUUGUGGCCCCUUCAGUGGCAAAAAUAGGAUGUUUGAAGUCAUUGGAGAAACGCUGGAGCAUGAUUUCCCAAGCUGGAUGGCAAAGAUCUUGAGACAGCUUUCUAAUCCUGGACUGGUUAUUGCUGUUGUUCUGGUCAUGGCUUUGACCAUCUAUUAUCUCAAUGCUACUGCAAAGGGCCAGAAAGCAGCAAAUUUGGAUCUAAAAAAGAAGAUGAAACAGCAAGCUUUGGAGAACAAAAUGCGAAACAAGAAAAUGGCAGCUGCACGAGCAGCUGCAGCUGCUGGUGGCCAGUAAUUUUCAUGGAUAUUCUGGAGGCCCAGAAGUAUUCCUCAUCACGCAUUUCUAAGUCAGAGACUUUUGUGAAGGCCCAGAAGACAAAGCAUGAAGAGUUGAUUCUACCCUGUUAUAAACCUGAUGGAUUAUCAAGGUCUCGCUGAUCAAUCAAGGCAUCACUUGCCCUAACUAAAAAAACAAGGGUCUCUACCUUAUUCCAAAUUAAGGAUUUGUUCCCCCACCACCACUAGGAACCACUCCCCUGACAUUUUCUUUAAUGAAUUGAGUUUAAAAGUGUGGUGAUCCUGCAGUAUGGAUCACUAGCUUACUUGCUAGGUUAAGUUAAAAACCUUUUGCUCUUAUGGACUUUCAUUUUAUACAUUUCUUCUGCCUUAGUUUUCUUAGUCUGGAAAUGGGGAUACUUCACCCCUUUUUUUCUUCUAAAUUCAGAAAUGUCUUGAUAAAGUAUUCAUUGUAAUCAUUCAUUAACUCACUUUUUUGAAAUUGUCUUGUUUUCCCUUUUCAUUCUGUCUCCCCAUCCAUGGUUCAUCCACAAAUGCAUACCCAAAACCUUUUUGUUUAUGCUGGAUUCAGUAUGAGAAGGCAUGGGCUUUUUAGAAGAAAAAUCCCAAGUGAAUUAGGGGCCUGAUCAACACUGGGUUGAAAGUCUCGACACCUUGAAGAGGUAUAUGAGUCUUACUUUACUUUAAAUAUAACUUUGUGAGUUAAAAGAAAAAUGAUACCAUUAAGUGAGUACUAUUCCAUCACAGUCUGAUCAAGACCUCCAAUAAUCAUAUCUCCUGAGUUUGGAGUCUAAAAUUCUAUACCUUUUCUUUGCUUUUUUGUUAAGGUUAGGAAAACACAUACUAUUAUAGGGGGGUGAUUUAUACUUAUGUUUAAACAUUGUUAUCUUGUUAAAAUUUAAAUUGACUUUGACUAGUAACAAUCAAUGCACUCAGCCAACUUUGUUUCAUGACUUCAAUUAUAUCUCUUAACUCAGUGUCUCCACCACCACCCCUACCCCAUCCCCAGCUAAGCCAAUUUGCCUGCCAUUCCCUACAAUUGAUUUACUAAUUUUGUAUUACUCUCUCUUUGAGUUUUUCCUCCUGGCCAUAGAGUGAGCACUCUGUUCUUCUGCCAAUCCAUGUGCUCAUCACUUCCAUCAAACCAAAUUCAAGAUUACUUCCUCUGGUCAAAUUUGCCUGACUAGCCUCCAUUACCAAUCAUAUAACUCUCUUUAUAGGCUCCCUUUGGACUCACCUGUCUUUAACUUAGAGUUUGUUAUUCUACUGAUUUUUCUGUAAUUUGUAAUUUAAAAAAAUUAUAUGCAUGAAUCAUCUUUCCUAUCCAGAUUGUACACUCCCUAUGAGCAGGGAUCAUAUCUUUUAAUUUUUGUAUGCCUGUUAUAGUGCUGUGCACAGGUAGGCACUGAAUAAAUGCUUGUUAAUUAAAUUGAAUCAAUUUAACUUACAGCAAUAACAUUGUGAAAAGAACCUUCUGUUAUCUGUAUGAAAAACUUUGCUGUACAAAAUGGAAUUCUGUUGAUGGGCUGAAUUUAUUAUCUCAGAUUAUAAUGCAGAUGAGUAAAUAAAGCUAGUGUUUAUUUCUACUUGGAUUACUUUUGUACUGUGUAGUAAUAAGAUUAGAUAAUUGAUUUACACAUGUUGCCAAGUUUACAAUAUGGAUGAAACUCCCUUGUCUUGAUCUGCUUCACAAGGAAGAUGAUACGAGAUGACAAAUUGUCCCCAAAGGGCUUCACCUUCUAAGUUAGUCACUCAGUCGUGUCCGACUGUAACCUACGAGGCUUCUCGGUCCAUAGUAUUUUUCAGGCAAGCGUACUGGAGUGGGUUGUCACUUCCUUCCCCGAGGGAUCUUCCCCACCCAAGGAUCGAACCCAGGUAUCCCACAUUGUAGGCAGAUGCUUUACCGUCUGAGCCACAAGGGAAACCCUUCUCAAGGAAAUGUAUUUUCCAAACAAGUGCUCGUGGUGUAAGAAGCAUUAGGACACCACAUGCUAAC